GUUGAUCGUGAACUGCGCACGGCAGCCUGUUCAGCAGCGGGUUCCAUUCAGCUCGUGUUUUCAGUUCGUCGCGAGUUUUUGUCGGGGUCACGUCUGUUAUUCGUUGUCUUUUUUUUUUCGAAGAGAUGACGAGUUUCUUUUUGAAACGAAAUGAACCCAAAGGAUUUGGGAAAAAAAGAAAUUUUGAAUGGAAUGUUUGAAAUAAAAAUGCAAGUAACUGGGUAUUUUUGAAAGAUUUUUUUGUUUUGUAAAAAUAAAAACGAAAGAAUGGAAGAUAGUUCGCCUGAUCUCAGUUUGAAGCUGAGGAGGGGUUCAAGUGAUUCCAGGGAUUCGUUCUAUAUGGACCUGGACAAAGGGAUUGAUUCAGAUAUUGAGGAUAUUGCUACGACUUCAGCCGCUGAAACUAGAGACACCACAACCACCGCGGAAUCAACAGCAACUCCUACUGUUUUAGGAAUUGUUAAAGAAGAAUCUAUUGGAAAUUUCAGUUGGGCGACGAUACCACCGCAAAAUGUAAGCGGUGGAACGAGGAGUAGCACGUUAGGAUGUCUUCCCGAUCCCGUUUUACCAUCGCCGUCAACCCCGAACGCCGUAAUCGUUUCUCCAGAAACGUUGAGUCAUCAUUCAUCACCGUCAAAAUUGGCUAAAGUUGUUGGACAUGUUCAUAUUCAUACUACACCAUCGCCAAGUAGGAAUUUACCUCCUGGACCACUCCCAGUAACUCCUGUGGGAUUUUAUCAUCAGCAACAUCAGUUACCGGUCGUCAGGAGACUUUCCCGUGCUGAGAAGCAAAUAGAAUGGAAGCAAUUAGGGGCGGAUGCUUUAGCCACCACAUUAUCCGCUCUUUAUGGAAAACUUUUGGUCGUAAUGGGAACGGCUUUUCCGAUGGCUGAAGUAAUUUCUACUUAUAUCCCUCCGUCGUUUUACGAAAUUUAUUAUCUCUAUCUUUAUAUUGGGAGUAUGUUUUUCCUUUUAUAUAUGUAUAUGGUGUUGUUGAGGGAUAAAAGGAGGCGGAAACGAGAAGAUGCUGAAAGGAUGAAAGAGUGUCAAAAAGAAGAGAGUAUAUCCGGUGAAGAAAGUGAUAGAGAAACAAGUGAAAACACCACAAGUAGUUCUAUAUUUCGUCCAAGGAGAAGCUCUUUACAAGCUAUUCCUGCAAAACAAAGUUAUGGAAGUUUUUAUUUAAGAAUGGGAGCCGUCGCAUUUGGAAUUGGAAGCAUGAUUUACUCAGGUUUAGAAUUCGGUCAAUAUUUCGAACAAGAAAGAAACACCAAGUGCCAUAACAUUUUCUUAGCAUUAACACCAGCUACAAGAAUGGCAUUUAUUUUUAUUCAAAUGUAUUUUAUAUUUUUGAAUAACGAACAAAUGCGAGUUUAUAAGCAUAAAAUAGCCGCAAGAUUCGGUUUAAUGCAUAUGAUUGGUACGAAUUUAUCGGUUUGGUUGUUAGUUCUCGUCCAAGAAACAAAACACGAAAUUUUAACGUUUUAUAAUCCAGAAAAUAAUUCGUUAAGGAUUUCUCAUCGAAUUCAAUACAAAAGUAAUCUUUUAGGACUUCCAGUUUUAACAGCUGAGCAUCCAGCUGAAGCUCAUGGUCAUCACCAUAUUGUAGCAAGAGGGUUAAAAGGACCUCAUCAUUUAUACGAAUGUCGUAGAACAAAUAUAAUUGGUAGUUUAGUUCAAGAUGCAUCUCCAUUUUUAUUUCCAUGUACAAUCGAGUAUAGUUUAAUUUGUGCUGCUAUUUUAUACGUUAUGUGGAGAAAUAUUUCUAAAUUACCAGCCCCUACUAAUAUUUUAAAAGGCUCUAAAACUGAGUUUAAUUAUAAAAAACAUCCUCAUCAUUAUUCAGUUGAUUGCGCAAGAGCUCAUAAAGGUCUCUUCGUUGGAAUAUUACUUUUAGUUUUAACAAUAAUAUCAUUAAUUUUAUUUUUUGUGUUAAUUUCAAAACCAGAAUUUGUUGGUUUGGCUGUUAUAGAAGUGAACAUUUGUGAAUUAGCUUUAUAUGGGUUAACUACUUUAGCAACAAUAAUUGGAAUGUGGCAAGUUCGUCAAUUAAAAUAUGACGGUUCAAGAAAUCUUCAGUUAGAUAAUAUUUUAUUGAUAGGUGCUCAAACUGGAAUGUUUAUUUAUUCAACGUUUACAAUAAUCGGUGGUCAAUUUACAAUUGAAAGAAAUACAGUUUUAGUUUUAGCGACUGCAUUAGCUUCGCUUUUACAAACUUCUUGUCAAACUAUGUUUGUUUUGGAUGCUUCCAGAAGAUCUUGUGCUACUCCGGAACAAAUUCGGAGGAAGCCUGGAAGACAAAUUGUAACAUUUUUAUUGGUAACCAAUUUAGCGAUGUGGGCGAUUAAUACUUUGGAAAAAUCUAGGGCUGAAUCACAUCCGAUUCAGCUACAUUUUUACGGUCUUUGGGCUUGGACGAUUAUAACACACGUUAGUAUGCCUUUGGCGAUUUUUUACCGAUUUCAUUCGACUGUUUGUUUAUGCGAAAUAUGGAAAAGAGCUUACAAAAUGAAGCCAACUUAUAUGUAAAUUUGGUGUUUUUUUAAUUUAUUUAAUGAUAGGAAAUAUUUUUUUUGUGAUAAUUUUUAAAAUAAUAAUUUUUGAAAUAAUUAUUUAUAAAGUAAUAAUCAUCCACAACGUAAACUAACAAAAUAGGUAAAAAACAUAUCUGAGUAAGGUUCAAAAGAUUAAUAACCAUCCAUUUUUUAUAAAAAGAAAUAUCGAUUUUUCGAAGCAAUAAUUUUAUAAAACUAUUUAAUCUUAUUCUACAAAUUAACCCUUUAACGUACAAACAUUUUUAUUUAGAGAGAUGGGGGAAGGGUAUUUAAACAAUGAUGUUCAUGAAGAUUUAGGUUGGCUUUGAGAGGCAAAGACCAUAUAGAGAGAUACAUGAGAAAUUAUUAUUGUAUUAUGUUAGGAAAGAUCACGAAAAGCGAAACUAAAGAAUGUUAUAUUCUAAACGAACUUACAAGAUGUCGAGGACAACAUGAACAGCAAUUACCUUUGUGUUGUAAUGUUCAAGCCAAAAUUAACUUUGAGAGAUGAGAAAAAUAACAUUAUCAGUAAUUACAUACGAUUUUAAAACGUGUCAGAGACGUUGAGAUAUAUCCGGAAAGCAUUAGUUGUAGCUACAGACGACGUUGCUAAAUGUUUGAGGCGGUGUUGAGGGCUGCCUGGAACUAUGAUGAGAUCUGUUAGGAACGAUGUUGAGAAAGAUGUCAGAGAAUCAUGAAGUACGUUUUUGUUUUUUCGAAUUGUUCCAACAAUGGUUAUCCUCUGCUAGUGGCAAACCAGUUAUCCAUGAUCACAUUUCUUCCUGUUCAACCGAGUGUAUCUACCAUCCGUUUAACAACACUUUGUAGGGAAUAGGUCAUUUCAUAAGGACCAAGUGGUUGGCCAAAUAAAUUUCCAUGUUUGAAAUAUAUAAUGUUUUGGAAUCUGCCAAUGCAAAUAUCUUUAUGCCGUAUUUAGACGGCUUGUUGGGCAAAUAUUGCCUAAAAGGACACCUUCCUCUAAAUGCCGGGAGCAUGUCAUCAAUUGUGAUAUACUCAAAGUUAGUGUAGUUGUUCUUACAAUUAGAAACAAACUGAUCAAAGAAAUUUCUGAAUGGUAAAGCGUAAACACUUCAAUAGAAAUCUAAAUCGUUACAAACAUCGUCGCACGAAAAAUUUCUACACCGGUCCCAUCAGUUUGCCAUUACUCUAUUUGCUCAAUAAACCUCUACAAGAUAUGGGAGACCUAUGACAGCUUUGAUUUCUGGUUCACUAGUUCUUUGGUUUUGAAAGGUUCUUAAAAAUAUAAAACGCCAAAAAACGCCAUUGUAAAUGCUAUUUAAAUUUUUUAUUUAUUAACUGCAAAUGUAUGCUAUGCCAUUUGUUUUUAUUAAGUUUUGAAAAUUACAGGAUCCAAGUGGCGACCAUUUUUUUCGAUACACAUUCGAAGCUGAUAUCUGAAAGUUUCCAUCAUUCGAGCAGUAAUUUAAGGCGAUAUUCCUGUAAUUUCUUGGCGUAUUGCUGCUUUCAAUUCGUCAAUGGUUCGGAGAUGGUUGAAAAACCUUCGCUUUCAGGUAGCCCUAAAGGAAAAAGUCGCAUGGGGCAAGAUCGGGCAAACGCGCAGGCCACCCAACGUCUCCACGUAACGAGAUUACGUGUCCUGGAAACAUUUCGCUUAAAACGUCCAUUGUCCUUCUUGCCAUAUGAGCCAUAGCUCCAUCCUCUUGAAUCCACACAUCUGGAUGUUCAAGUUCUCUAAGUUUUGGUUCUAAAAAAUUGCGUAGCAUGUUGACAUAUAGAUCGGCAGUAACGGUAAUCGUUACGCCACCUUCUUCAAAAAAAUAGGGACCCCAUACGCCAAAAGAUCCAACAGCACACCAAACGGUAACACGUAGGCUGUGAAGUGGCCUUUCAUGGAGCUGCCGCGGAUUUUGUGGUGCCCAGUAGCGAAAAUUCUCCUUAUUCACACAGCCAGACAAAUGGAAAUGAGCUUCGUCACUCGUUAUCAAAACUCGUGGUGGGACGUUUUGAAGAAUAUCGUUGGAACAUGCUCUGAGAUUUUCCCAGUCCCGUUCACUAAGUUCUUGCACAAUCAUAAUUUUGUAUGGGUGGAAUUUCAGAUCGGCGUGUAAAAUUCUUCUCACAGAACGAUCUGACGAACGCAAAGCAGAGGCAUGUUUAGCAGCUGAACGGGUAGGAAAUCGUCCCAGUGCUUCUCUUACAGCUGCAACAUUUUCAGGUGUCCGAGCACUUCUGGGUCUACCAGUUUAUUUUUUUAAGGCUGAACCUGUGGCUCUUAAAUUUGAAACCCACAACAGUAUUGUUAUGCGAUUCGGAACCGGAUCAUGUCUACGAAGCUCGAAGUGAGUACGAAAAGUUCUAUGCGUCGUAAUCACUGAUUCGUUUUUUUUAAAUAAAUGUUUCGAUAAUGAAGGCACGAUGCUCGCCCGUCCAAUUCAUGACUGUUCAUGACAACAUGACAAAUGGCAAGGCGUGAACUACCAACUAAAUACGCUAACCUCCCCCAUUUUUCAGUGAUUCGGGCACAGCGGCGUUGCAAAAUGUGGGAGAUCAUUUUGCCGGACCCUGUAGUUUUUUUGUUGGCCUUGUACGUUAGUAUAUCUUACAAUCAUUUCUAUUAGAUCAGUUGUAAAUAAGCUUGACUAACAUUAAAGUUCAGACAACAUUUUUUGAACAGCUUUUUGGUCCGGGAAAGUGACGUACAAUAUUAUGCUUUCGGGUCCGUACAUUUGUUUUGUUUACAGCAACAGUUUACAACCACUUUUUGUCUUUUCCAAUGUAAUACUUAUCCAAGUUAAGUGGUCUACCAAUGUUGAGUGAUCUACCACUGCUGCUUAUAGAUUCAUCAUCUGUGUUAUUACUUGAAAUAUCUUCCAGUAACUCAUUUUUAUCUUCGCUCUCUUUAUUAGUAAUUUCAUUUUCGUUUUCUACUUCCGGGUCGGUUUCUUCUUCAUCUUUACUUUCGCUGCUCUCUAAUACACCUUCUUCCCAAAUGCCAUUAUUUCUUUUCUGUUCCAACUCGCGUAGCACUUCUUCCAUAUACGCCUCUACAACUUUUGGUUGUGUUUCGUAUGCCAUUAUCAUACAAUACUUCUGAAGAAAUGCUUACGUAAUUACAAAAAUCAUUGUUUUCUAAAAUAAAUUAAACCUCUGAGGUGUACUAAACCCCACCGCACUAACGGAGGGUUAACCCAUAACUUCUGCAAUGUUAUAGAUACUAGCACACAUUAGUGUUUGCACUAAUUUCCUUACCCAUAAUGUUCAAUAUUAGCAUAAUUGAUGCAAAACCCAUCGUUGUAAAUGUUAAUGGAGAUAUUCGUGGCUAUAUCUAGUAUUGCUUUACCACUGAAUACAUCUAGGAGUUAAUGCUAAAACGGUGGCAUUGAAAGAUUGGCUCAUCACUGUUUUGAGUGUAAUCGCCUACACACCGAGUGGGACGAUCGUCACUGCUCAGGUCUUCAUAUACUAAUUUGAUGUCCUCGCAUACUUGAAAAUUGAGUGGUUGCUUAUAAGAAAAAUGUUCCAGGGUAUAAGUAGCAUUCGCUUUUUACCACGAAUCCUCUCUUUUUGGGCAUCUAUUGUAUUGAAACUUGGCAUACGUUGACAGUUUGUGAUACAGUGUAGCCUUUAUUUCAUUCCUCAGAUUUUCAAUCUCAUAUAUCACCUUCCCAGUCAACUGUCUUUUUCCACCAAGACCUUUUGCUUCUGCACACGAUCAAUGCAUUUUAUAUAUUUCGUUUUUCUGGCCGAUCUAUAAUGAUUUGCUCUACACUCGUUCUCAUGAGUUUCUGCCCAACUGCAUAUUUUUCGAUAUAUGUUAUUUUGUUCCAGUACUGGCAAGGCUAGUGAUAUUUCGAUUUUAGUACAUAAUUCACAAUUUUGUCGACGUUGCAUCCAAUUACAGUAACUAAGCAACACAAGGAUGAAAUACAAGCUUUAGCCAAGUCCUAUCGCCUGAUACAAUAAUACUGUUUAUUUUUCCUUUAGGACUUAUAAGGGUUUUCCUUCUUUUAAAGCAUUUAAAAUACUAUUUUGGCAAACCGCUUCAGUAGCUAUCGUGAAAUGAUUACAAAAUAAGAUGUGGCAAAUCCUUGUAGAGUGAUGACAACAUUUUAUGAUACCAUCUAAUCCAACUCCUAGCAAUCGUAUUGCGAGCACAUUCGAUAAAUUUCACGUCAGCCGAAAGCUUCGUCGACUUCUACAUCAUGCAGCUUUCCAUAACGUUGAAGUUUCUUUGUAGAUGUGCUAACUACCAAAUUUUCUGAAGCCUCCAAUCUCGUAACGAUUGUUUUCUUCCCCUCACAAUCAUUAUACACUACUUUAUCUCCACUUAUUGCACAAUUUAAUUGAUUAAAGCGAUAGUAAAACCUAUAUGAACUGAAAAAUACGUUUUGAACGUUUAAUACCUUUAAUACCACCUAUGGAAUAGACACUAAUUCUCGAUAAUAAAAACGCUCGUUGAUUGCGCUUACAUAGAGCAUUGAAAGAGCUUCUAGAGUAAGAUGCUCAGCGCUAAUGAAAAUACCCGAAUGCAACCAGGCCUCUGUAAAGUACAAAACAUCGUGAUCUGUAUUUAAUAAACUAUGAUAUAUUUCAGUUAACUUAGUUCUUUGGUCACAAAAAUGUUUAGAAUAAAUUAACAAGAUCGGCCAGAUUCCGUCCACAUCGGCGGCGCAUUUAAUUAUCAAAAGGCGAAUGUGUUCACUCUAGCUCGCAAAAAUCUGACAAUUGCGUUACAAUUGGUAUAAAAGCCUGGCAUCGCAUUUAAGUAUCAAGAGGUGUGUAUCUUCAGGUUAGCUCAUAAAGAUUUGGCAAUUGCGAGAACAUUCGUAAUUGUAAAGUUUGUCGCGAUAUUCUUCGCCCUCUCAAAAACAUCCUUGCCAAUAUUUAGACUUAUUGCCAACAUUGUGUUCAGAUACAUCCCCAACAUUGUGGAUGCUUGUGUCUAAAUAUUUAAAUUGCUACCAAAUUCGAAUAUAAAUGUGUUUACAAAAUUGUACCAGCGCUAUUUGGAAUCUGUUUAACCAAACGGCUAGGAUCGGGUCGAAAAACAGUAACCCAACGAAGAAAUGAUCUUGCUCUCCUCACGUUUAUGAAUUUUGGUGAAAUAACUGUUCUAGUUUGCUGUAAAAUCUACUACAAAAAGCUAGCGGUGCGAAUGGAUUGUCUUAUAAAAGAUUGGCUACAGAGCUAAAAUUGCAACGUAGGCACCGAAUUUGACAUUGACUUCAAAUCACUAAGAAUGGCAUAUUAAUAAUUGAAGCGAGGUAUAGACUUCAGAUCAGUUGCAUUUUUGUCCCAAAGGAACAAACGAACGUCGACGAACAAAGAUAUGUUCUACUUUGUUAAUGACACAGUUAUGUUAGUUAUAACAUAGUUAAUAAAGCAUGUAUAAAAAUACAUACUACGACUUUAUUACUUAAAAACGACUUGCAACGUACUCAUUUUUAUGGUAUAAAUUUUGAGGAUGGCCAGAUGCAUUAUCAUUUACAACAUACAUUUUAUUGCUUUGUAGCCACCAGCUGAUUGAUGAGCUUUUGUCAAAUAAGUUAUUUCUGGAUUUUUUCCAAAAUAACUCUGUUGCGCCGCAUCUGAUUUGGAAAAUGUUUGUUCACCUUUCAGUUUUCCGUUAAGAAUGCCUUCGUAUAAAUCUUCGCAACCAACCAUGGCUCACGGAAAAGGAUGGCUUCUUUUCAGCUAAAGAAAUAGAUAGCGACUGAUCCUGAAUUUUUUUCAGAAAGUUUCACAGUCUUCUUUGUAAUUGAACUGUAUCCAUAUUCCAUUGUAACAUCUCUUAUGUACACAGUUGUGCACAUACUCAUACAAGAUCCUGCUGCUACAGUUUUUCCAAUAGUUUCUUCAUUUUUUCUUACUAUAUUUAUUGUAUUCGAAAAUUUUAUUAGCAACAAUUUGUACACUAUGAAGAUUUCACCUUGAAUGAGUGAAUUCCAUUUCUCCAUCAAUAUUACCAAAUAACAAUGACUGAAAAAAGUGGAAAUCUUUGUGGUCUUUGUGAUCCACAACUAAUUAUUGUGUCAAGUAAGUUAAUUUCUUUUGUUUGUUUUAAACUUUUGGUAAAAUUAUUUGUGUGAACGUUAAAGGGUUAAACAUUUUUUUACAAAACUCUGUAUACAAUACAUUUACGAUUUCUUGGCUAUGAUGUAUGUAGAAUCGAGUACAAAUUUUUACACGGAAAUCUAAUGUAAUAAAUUAGAUUUUAAACGAAAUGAAUGUGAAAAAAAUAGCGAAUUAAAAUUAAGACUGGUUUUUUAAUAAAUAAUCAAAUCGGAAUCACUUGGUAUGUUAUAUCAAAAUACCUAGAAAGAAAGAAAGGAAACAAAAAGAAUUAGGCAGUUGGAUAACCUGUCUUCCUAAUCAAAAAAAUCAUGAAAUUUUUUUACAAUUUUAUAAAAAUAAUCAACUUUAAUCUUACUAGUCAAAAUAGCUCACAAUCACAAAUUCUUUUUGCUCACUUUCGUCGGUUUUAUUAGUCAUACUUACAAAGAUGAAAUACUGGGGGAACAAUAUUUCGUAGAAUUCCGUAAAAAAUACAAUAGAAGGAAAAAGAAUUAGUACUAAAAUAGUUACUAUUUUUAUCACUUUUAUACAAAAAUAAAAACGAAUUGUUUAUGAUCCGUUACACAUGAUAUUUAUUAUAUUUAAUUAAUUAAAGAAAAAAACUAAAAAUAUCUUAGUUGUAGCAGAAUACAGUACUGAAUACAACUCGUUUUUAUUUGGUGCUGUAUAUUUUAGCAAUAGACUUAAUUGUGAGAAAAAUAUUUAUUAAAAAAAUUUGUUAGAUAGCAAUAGAGAAAUAAGUUAUUUCUUUGGUGUUAAAAAAAAGAUUUACGUGCCAUAUUAAAAUAGUAAUAGUAAUA